AUGGAUUUGAGGAGCUACAUAUUCACACGCCGCUUGAAAUCCAUCCCACACCUCCGGAAAAAUUUCCACACGACCCCAUACCUGCAACAGAAACCUCACCGCCCAGAUAAAUCGGAAGAAGCCUCCUCCGAUCAGCAUUUACACAAACGGUUAUCCGCAGCUUUGUCAUCUCUAGAUUACAAUCAGUGCAAACAACUCAUAACCAUCGUAUCCCCUCACGAAUUCGAUCGAUUGUUUCCUAACGUCUGAUCCAAUAUCAAUCCCAAGACCGCUUUACAUUUUUUCAAAUUAGCCUAUGAUUCGUUUAGCUUCUCCUUCAGCCUACGUUCGUAUUGUUUACUGAUUUGUUUGAUCAGUGCGAACGAUGGCAUUGCGAUUGCAGAUGCGAUGGCGAGUUUGAUUUUUGAUAAAGAAACUAAAAGGAGAGUUUCAGAUUUGUUGAUUGAAGUUUACUGCACUGAGUUUAAGCGUGAAGGUUGUUAUUUAGCUCUUGACUUGUUUCUUGUUCUAGCUAAGAAGAGUAUGUAUUCGUCUAAGACGACUUGCAACGUUCUGCUGACUUCUCUGGUGAGAGCUAAGGAGUUUCAGAAGUGUUGCGAAGUGUUUGAAGUUGUUUGCGAAGGAGUUUCUCCUGAUGUUUACUUGUUCACUACUGUGAUCAACGCGUUUUGCAAGAGAGGGAGAGUGGAGGAGGGUAUUGAGUUGUUGGCGAAGAUGGAGGAAGCUGGUGUUGUGCCGAACGUUGUGACUUACAACACUGUUAUUGAUGGUCUUGGAGUGAUUGGGAGGUACGAUGAGGUGUUUAUGCUUAAAGAAAAGAUGGUGGAGAACGGUGUGGAACCUACUCUGGUUACUUAUAGUGUUCUUGUUAAGGACUUGAUCAAGGCUAAGAGGAUUGGUGAUGCUUAUGGUGUUGUGAAGAAGAUGACGGAGAAAGGGUUUCCUCCUAAUGUUAUUGUGUAUAAUAAUCUGACUAAUGGUUUGAUCGAGGCAGGGAGUUUGAGCAAAGCUAUUGAGGUGAAGGAGGACAUGGUUUCGAAGGGGUUGUCUCUGACAUCGUCCACAUAUAAUACUCUCAUAAAGGGGUAUUGCAAGAGCGGUCAAGCAGAUGUUGCAGAGCGUCUUUUGAAGGAAAUGUUGUCGAUGGGUUCAACUAUAAAUCAGGGUUCCUUUACCUCUGUGAUUUGCUUGUUGUGCAGUCAUAAUAUGUUUGACUCAGCAAUUGGUUUCGUUGGAGAGAUGCUACUGCGUAACAUGAGCUCUGGUGGUGGUAUACGAACUACAUUGAUUUAUGGUCUCUGUAAGCAUGGAAAACACUCAGAGGCAGUAGAUCUUUGGUUUAAGUUUCUAGGAAAAGGUUUUGUAGUAGACACUAAGACUUCGAAUGCUUUGCUUCAUGGACUCUGUGAAGCAGGGAAGCUGGAGGAAGCUUUUAGGAUUCAAGAAGAGAUAUUGGGCCGUGGUUUUGUUAUGGAUGCCGCUUCUUAUAACACAUUGAUUUAUGGAUAUUGCAGAAAGAGGAAAUUGGAGGAAGCUUUUAAGCUCAUGGAUGAAAUGGUUGAGAGAGGACUUAAGCCUGACAAUUAUACUUACAGCACAUUGAUCCGUGGGCUGUUUGAUAUGAAUAAAGUCGAGGAGGCCAUACAGUUUUGGGGUGCUUGUAAACGAAAUGGUAUGAUUCAAGAUCUUUAUACAUAUUCAGUGAUGAUAGAUGGAUGUUGCAAAGCCGAGAGAGCAGAAGAGGGCAAGAAAUUGUUUGAUGAGAUUAUUGGCAAGAACAUGCAGCCAAACACUGUUGUUUACAAUCAUCUACUCGGAGCAUAUUGUAGAAGUGGGAGACUAUCAAUGGCCUCAGAUCUCCGUGAAGAUAUGAGAAUCAAAGGCAUUUCACCUAAUUGUGCUACAUAUACUUUUCUAAUAAAGGGGAUGUCGAUCAUUAGCCGUGUUGAAGAGGCAAAACUCCUCCUUGAGGAGAUGAAGGAAGAGGGUUUGGAACCUAAUGUCUUUACAUUACACAACCUAGUUGAAUGUCUAUUGCAUGAGAUGCAUACCAAGAACAUACUCCCAAACAAGAAUACAUAUACCGUGAUGAUUGGUGGGUAUGCCAGAGAUGGGAAUGUAACAGAAGCUUCUAGGCUUCUAAAUGAGAUGAGGGAAAAAGGAAUUGUUCCAGAUUCUAUCACGUACAAAGAAUUUAUAUGUGGGUAUCUUAAGCAGCGAGGUGUUUUGCAAGCUUUAGAAGGCUCUGAUGAAGAACAUUAUGCUGCAAUCAUUAAAGGAUGGAGAAAGACAGAUACAGUAGCUGACUAGCUGACGAAUAAGUAUAAGAAAAGUUGGUAGAUCAAGUGGUGUUCUCAGUUUCGAUGGUCCUAUUCACGCCAAGGAUUUGCAUUUUGGUUGUAGAGAAAACACAAUUAGCAUGGCAUUACUUGGUAAAAUGCAUAUGGUUCGUUGCAUCUUACAAGCAGUGUAGUUUGUUACGUGGUUAUCCAGCCACGUUCAUUUAACAACGUCAGAGAGAAAAGGUGUUACUGUUGGCAUCAUAGGCUGUAUGGGUGAUUUAAA